AUGACCGCCAAACAGACGCCAACCAUCACUCAGUCGGAGUCUCUCCGCACCCAGCUGUUCGAGAAUAUCGCCCGGAAGGUCAUCGACCAGGCCGUUCGAGACUGGCAUCCGCAGGGCAUGAGGGGCAACACAAGCGACAUCCUCAGGCUCCUCGACGCCAGCGUCGUCCUCACGGCAUAUGAGAACGGCACGAACGUUGAUGCGGUGUGGACAUCCAACACCUUCAAUACCAACGGCGUUGACGGGAUGACGCUGGGGAGUGAUAACCGAUGGGGACAGGUGGGGAUGGUGGCGAGAUCGGAGGAGGCGAGGACGGCGUGGGAGGAAAUGAGGGAGAUGAAUCGGGAAGCGCAGGUGGAAAAGCAGGAACGUAAGGAUGAGAGAAAGGAAGGACAAAAGGAGAGGCGGAAAGAGCGCAAGGAUGAGCGACGCGCUGUGGCCGAAUGUCCGAAGGAGAUGGUGGAGUUGAUGCCGCUUCUGGGAGGGCCAGCGGUGGAUCUCUGGAAGUCAGAGGCGGCCAAGGUCAAGGUGGAGAAGAAGGCGAAGAAGCACAAGAAGGAGCAGAAAGCAGAGGAGAUGCAGCCAGCUCCGACUGCCGUGGUUCCAGACCUCUCACAACAGACGCGACUGGGCUUGAAUGACGCCACGGCACCAGCCCCCCAUCAGCUCGUCUACAUAGGCAAGCGCACUCACGCCUCUGCUGGCUCAUCGUCGAUCAAAGCGUCCCUCGAUCCGGUGCAUCAGCCGGUUGAGCGGAAGUCAAAGAAGGCGAAAGGCGCAGCCAAGUGA